AUUGCCAAUGAGGAUAGGUGUAGGCGAUAUUGGCAAUGAAUGCAUUGGAUUCUUGUUCCAGAUACUUCCUCAGGGUUCAGUUUUUAAUCUAUAAAUUAAUAUGAAACUGAGGUACACUCCCGUGUGUUGUUUUCAUUGUUUAGAAGGUCCUCUAAGGUUCAUUCAGUUCUGGGUUUCAAACAAAAUGGAGAAACCAGACAUGGUUUUUAAUGGACAUGAUGGAUAUGAUGCUGUUGUUGUAGGGUCUGGAUAUGGUGGUUCAGUUGCUGCUUAUAGGUUAUCAAUGGCUGGAGUCAAAGUAUGCCUAGUUGAAAAAGGUCAAAAAUGGGAAGCUAAGGAUUUUCCAACAAAUAGUUUCAAAAUCAUAUCAGCUUUGACGAUGGAGAGUCAAAAUUUGGGUGUCAGCUUUGGACCAAAGGAUGCUUUGUUUCAGGUUUAUGAACAAAAUGAUUCACUGGCAGCAAUGGCUUGUGGACUUGGUGGAGGGUCACUAGUGAAUGCAGGAGUUAUGGUGCCAACCCCAGUUCGAACUCGAAGAAGUUCGAAAUGGCCAAAGGAAUGGGAAACUGAUUGGGAUAGCUGUGAAACUUCUGCUGCUACAAUGAUGAGAAUACAAAGUGUUCCUCUCCAGUUCCCCAUUGCCAAAAUCAUGAAACUAAUUGAUGUGGGAGAGGUUGAAGAUAUGGUUCUGGAUUCAAUUAAACUAAGCAUGAAUUUUGAUAUUGAAGACUCUUCAUCUAGAUUACCCAAGCAUCAAAAUAUGGAUACAUGCAUAGGCUGUGGAAACUGUCUAGCUGGAUGUCCUUAUAAUGCCAAGAAUUCUACUGACAAAAACUAUCUUGCAUCAGCAAUUCAGGCAGGAUGUGUUGUUAAAACAGGGUGUCAAGUUCAUUAUGUUGUUAAAAAAUCAUAUGAAACUGACCAAAAUGGUGAAAUUGGUGGAAAAAGAAGGUGGCUUGUUUACUUGAAUGAUAUGGACUAUAUAAAAGCUGAUUUUGUGAUCUUGUCAGCUGGAGUGUUUGGCACAACUGCAAUACUUUUCAACUCACAAAUGAGAGGAUUAAAGCUCUCAAAAGCACUUGGUUCUGGUUUCAGCUGAAAUGGAAAUACCGUUGCUUAUCUUUGUGGAAGCAAUGGACCUUUGAAUGGUUAUGGACUAGACAAAAAGCAACUGUCAAAGAUACCUAUUCAAGCACGGCCGGGACCAUCCAUCUCAUCAUCUUACUCUUCUUCAUUGGGUUUUACAAUCCAGAGUGCUGUACUUCCUACAGCUUAUCCUUACCUGUUGUUUAAAGGUAUUACAACAUUUGGAUGGCCAACUGGUUACUGGUUUUUUCAUGGCAUUAUUGACAAGCUGAAACAUCUGAUAGGUUCUAAGUCAAGCCAAGCUAUGGUGCUCCUUGCUAUGGGACAUGACAAGAGUGAUGGAAAAAUCAUAUUAGAUAAAGAAACAAAUAAAAUUAUCUUUAGUCCUCCCCAUGAUCCUUUACUUCCCCAAAAAGUUAAGGCCUUUCAGAAGAUCACUAAGAAAUUAGGUGGAAUUCUAUUCAUGUCAAGGUUCCGUAGCGCAUCGGUACAUCUUCUAGGUGGUUGCAAUGCAUCAUCAGAUUCUUCAGAUGGUGUCUGUAAUCCAAAUGGUCAGGUUUUUGAUCCAGAGGUCCCUGGUCUUGUCCACCAAGGUCUCUUUGUUUGUGAUGCUUCACUAAUUCCAUGUUCUGUUGGUGUAAAUCCAUGCCUUACGAUCGCAGCAGCCGCUGAGCAUGUAUGUAAGGACUUAGUGAAUAAUGUUCUCAAGUACAAAACCAAAACUUGUACAAAUUAUGUUUCUAAAGUGGUUGAUCAAAAUCCACAUAUUGAAACACAUGAUACUUUAAAAAGCAGUGAGACAUCAUAUGUGUUAGUCAAAGAAACCUUGAGAGGUUAUAUAGCAGGUAUGCCAUGCACUGCUACUCUCAGAAUGAAGAUAAACUUUCAGAACUCGAACGAUUUUGAUGAUUGGAAUUAUUCGAUUAUGCGAAAAUCUCUUGUAACUUUGAAAGGGAAAGUCGGCGGUUAUGUCGUUUUUCGAGCCAUUGAAAAGGAUAAGUUGCAUGUUAUAGAUGGUGAAAUAAAAAUGUUUGAAGUAAAUUACAGAACACCUUAUACACAAUAUAUGCACUAUCGUCUUCUCCUUGCAGCUGCUUCGGGUUCAAGAUAUGUUCUUGAGGGAAAGAAGAUAAUGAAUCCUUAUCUAUUUGCAAUAUUUUCUCUGAAGGAGACAACAACGUUGUAUGUAACAUUCAAAAGGGUUUCUGGAAACUUUGCUGAGGAUCAUCAUGUAGGAUUGAACUUAGAAGGAAAGCUUAAAGUUUCCAUGAUUCAGCUACUUAAAACACUGUUGAGCCUUGAAGGAAAUGGAAAAGGAAGAUUUCUUCAUCUUUUCUUAUUGCAUCUCCUUAGAACUUACAUAUUAAAAAUACCACAAGGAAUUCAUAAAGAGUAUACCCCCACAGAUUCUUAUAACAAUUCAUAUCCAACCAGCACUUUCCAUGAAUUAGAAACAGGAGAUGGAUGUAUCAUAAGCUGUAGGCGGUGGAACUGCAGUCAUAGUAGGUUGAAGUUCAAUGAGGAAAAGCAUCCAGUUCUUCUACUUAAUGGACAUUCAACUGAGAGUUUCUGUCUGCCAACUGAACCAAAUGAUUUAAUCAGGACUUUAUUGACAGAAGGGCAUGAAAUAUGGUUACUCCAACCAAGAUUGCAUCCAUUGAAUCCCUCAAACAACUUCACCAUUGAAGAUAUCGGAAGAUAUGACAUACCUGCUGUAAUCAGCAAGAUCUGUGAAUUUCAUGGUCCAAGCAUGAAGGUACAUGUAGUUGCACAUUGUGUUGGAGGCUUAGCCAUUCAUAUAGCUGUUAUGGGAGGACAUGUCUCUCCAACUCAAAUUGCUUCUUUGUGUUGCACCAACUCUUCAAUGUUCUUCAAACUUAGUACUUUAGCCACAGUCAAGAUGUGGCUUCCUUUGGUGUCUAUAUCAAUGGCUUUGCUAGGCAAGAACAAAACCCCGCCUCUCUUAGACACCUCAAAGGCCAGUUUGAGACACCGGCUCCUAAUGUAUAUAGCUCGUUGGAUACCUCGAUACGAGAGAUGUACUUGCAAUGAAUGUGAAGUCUUUUCUGGCAUAUUUGGCAAUACAUUCAGGCAUCAAAACUUGACCCCAACAAUGCACCAUUGGUUAAACAAGCAAAGUACAACAAAGCUUCCAAUGGCAGCCUUUCCUCACUUGAGGAAAAUCUGCAAAUCCGGAUUCAUUGUCGAUAGCAAAGGAAAUAACUCAUAUUUGAUUCAUCCAGAGAGAAUGGCCGUGUCGACAUUAUACAUCUCCGGAGGACGAAGUCUUUUGGUGACUCCAGAGACUACUUUUUUAGCUAAUAAGUAUGUGAAGUUGCACCAACCUGGUUUUAGACAUAAAAGGGUUGUUGUGGAUGGUUUUGGACAUUCAGAUUUAUUGAUUGGUGAAGAGUCUUGUAAAGAAGUUUCCCCAUACAUCGUAUCUCACCUAAGGUUAUGUGAAGAAGGGAAAGAUAUAGUAAUGAUUAACAAGGAAAAGAAAGACGGCAAAGAAGCCUUGGAUUGGGCUGCUGAUCCUUACCAUGGUUAUGGAGGAUCUGAAAGUUGUUUGUUUUCACCUUUGCUAGUCUUGUUCUUGGUUUUAUUAUUAGUUUUCAUGGUAUCAUCAUUCAGUACUCUGUUAAAAAACUAUUAAUAAGGAAAGAAAUUUGGCAGUGUACAAACAAUAA